AGCAUGGGAACUGCAAAAGAGGAUUCGGCUACAGUAUUGUUAAUUUACGCACGGAUUCUACAGGAAGCCAAGCAAAAGAGGAGUUAGAAAAAUGGAGUAAGAACAUCCUUCCAUUACAAAUUACCAAAGUUUCCAUCCGAAGACCGAUGCCAUCCAGAUCGCGAACAAGGUCAAGGUCGCCGUUAGUGAGUUCAGUUAGUAAAGAAUAUGAUGAGAUUUCCAUAGAAGCAGAUGACCAAUUCGACAAAGAAGAAGAGGAGUUGAGUGUCAUCAAACAAAUGGAACAAAUGCAGAAAAACAUGGUGCAGUUAGAUGUUGGUGGAUAUAAAUUCAAGACAACGAAAGAGACGAUAACAUCUAUCCCAUCAAAGUUGGCAAAGUUGAUGCAAAUCAAAUCUUCUAAUGGAAUUAUUCCGUCUUAUUUCUUGGACAGGGACCCAAAACAUUUUGCAGUAAUUCUCAAUUAUCUUCGAAACAAAGGACAGGUUUCUAUUCCGACCUUACCAAACGAGAAGGGAGCCUUGGCAGCAUUAAAAGUGGAAUGUGAAUAUUAUGAACUUACUGACUUUGUGGACAUAAUUGAAAGACAAUUAAAGGGAUUUUGUUCCUGCAGCAAGUAA